UAGAGGAAAGGGAGGCCGGCUUGCAACGGAGCCGCCCUCGGCAAGCAUGGGCCGGGCGCGCCCGCGUCGCUAUGCCAAGCAGCACCUGCUGCCCCCGAAGGUUUCCAACGGGCUGUCGGGGCUUCCUAGGCGAGGGCGGCGGCGGGGUGGGUUUGUCUGAGCCGUUUCCCAUCCCUGUGGCCCAGCUGGGGGAAGGUCAGCAAAGGAGCCCCUUUCCCGAGUGGCGACCUAUCCCCGGGCCAGCCUCCUCUUCUGUGGACAGGCCAGGGUGGGCGUGAGCGAAAGCGCGCCAGGAGCUGGUGUGCGGGAUCCUCGCCCUCUCUCAUUGGACGCGCGCGCGCAGCCAGCCAGCCAGCCAGCCAGCCCGCCCUUCUUGCCUGCCUGCCUGCCUGCCUGCAGCCAGUCGAGCAAGCCGGCGAAGGGCCUCCUGCACCGCUCCCGCAACCCGCCGCACCUCUUGCUCCCGCCAAGCCGGGCGGCUCCCCUCUCCGGGACGCCCUCGCUCGCUAGGAGGCGCCGCGUGCGAAGGUAGAGCUGGGCGAGCCGACCCGCCGGGAUGGGCUGAGCGAGAGGCGGAGGGGAGGCGGCGGCGGAUGCGCGGGAGGCGCUGCCGUUCGGGGAGGCUGUGGUUGGCGCAAUGCAACACCGCGUGGCAGCCUGCCGGGCUGGGCGGACAUGCUGAGGCGGGGAGCCGCGGGCGGGCUGCGCCGGUGAAGGACCGUGGGGCUGGGGGGAGCCGACGGCACGGGCUUCCUUCCUUCGCCUUGCCUCGCGCAGCAGGUGGAGCCGGCAGGCGCGGCUCUGGGGAUGAGCGCAGGGGGCACGCCGCCAAGCACCCCGGGCCCCCGAUGGUUCCAGCGUUGGCACCUCUCCGUGACGGGACCGUGAUCUCCCCUCGCUGAGCCUUACCAUGUGGUUUCGAGAUGCCUCAGUGUCCCGUCGAUGGCUGGCACCAGGUUUGGGGGGCUCUGCCUUCCUGCUGUUGUUCCUGCUGCUGAGCUUUGGCAUUGCCCGCAGAGGCGGAUCGGCACUGAGUUGCCCCAAGGACUGUAUGUGUGCCAGCAACAUCAUCAGCUGUUCGAAUGCUCUGAGAGCCUCAGCCUUGCCCUCCCACUUUCCUCCAUAUGCGGCUGUCUUGGACUUGAGCCACAACAACCUGACCCAAGUGCGAGCAGAGUGGGCCCCUUCCCUGCUCCCUCAUCUCCAUUCUUUGCUCCUCAACCGCAAUCAGCUGGUCUUUAUCUCCACUGAGGCCUUCAACAACCUCCCUCAUCUGAAGUACUUGGACCUCUCCUCUAAUUUUAUUGCUUCUCUGGGAGAGAAUCUCUUUAGUAAGCUGAAGAAGCUGGAAGUGCUCCUUCUCUACAACAACAGGAUCUCUAAGAUUGACCGCACUGCUUUUGAGGAGAUGGCUAGCCUCCAGAAAUUGUACCUGAGCCAUAAUGUGAUCACUCGCUUCCCCCUGGAGCUGGUGAAAAAAGAUGGAGCUUUACUUCCGGAGCUUGCAUUGCUGGACCUUUCUAGCAACAAAAUCAAGACUAUUUUUGAGGAUGAGAUAACUGAUCUCCCCGCCUGGGUAAAGAAUGGACUUUACGUUCACAGCAACCCCCUCACCUGCAACUGCAAGCUCUACAACCUCUUCAGUCAUUGGCAGAAACGGCAGCUGAGCUCAGCUGUGGACUUUGAAGAGGAGCUCAGGUGUGAUAUAGAUCAGAGUAGGAAAGGAAUCAGAAUCUUCAGUCUCCCAGAAGUCAUGAACUGCACCGAAGUCAAGGAGCAGUCGUUCGUAGCCUACCGUGGGCAAAAUAUUACCAUCAGUUGUGACACCAGGCAACGAGGGGUAACCAUCAGAGAAUGGCUGACACCCAAAUUUGAGCGUGUUCCUCAGGAGAAUAAUAAUAGCUCCAUGCUUGUGCUGACCAAUGGAAGCUUGCAGAUAAGCAAUAUUGGCAUGGAGGACAUGGGACCAUAUACAUGCUAUGCAGUAAGCCAGGUGUUCAAUGAGACCUUCUGUGUGCAUGUGACUGUCCAUAACUUCACCCAGCAUGGGGCUACUGAUACACUCAACACAGCCUAUACCACACUUGUAGGCUGCAUCUUGAGUGUCAUCCUUGUGCUCAUCUACCUUUACCUGACCCCGUGCCGUUGCUGGUGCCGCAGCAGUGAGAAACAGGCCAACCAACGGGAGGACAGCAUCAAUUCCUCGAUGCUCAGCACCACUCCUAACCAUAAUCCUGAGGGGGCUGGAGGCAAGGAAGGAUUAAAUCGCCAUAUGACUCCAAGUAAUGCACAAGGCCAGAAUGGCAAAUGUAAGCCUAACAGCUCCCCCAAAGAGGAAACUAAAGGGGCCCAGAGGGCAGAGAGGAAAAUGUCAGAUCAAGACUCUGUCAGCUCGGUCUUCUCUGAUACCCCCAUUGUGGGAAGCUCACAGAACGAAGGUGGGAGACGGUGUGGCAGAGAUAAGACAGGGGCUGAAUUAGUGGGAUUGCUGUGAUCAUUCUGACUAGGGAAGAGAAUAGUAAGAACAGAUUAAAUAGCCUAAUAUUCUACAGGUUUUCAAUCUGCCACUAUUUGCAAAGCACCUGUGUAGGUAUGCGUUCCAGAAGAGUAACCCUGUUGCAGCAGAAAAGACCGAGUCCUGUGGCACGUUAAAGAUGAACAAUAAUUUUGUGGCAUAAGCUUUUAUAGGUGACAGCCUACUUUGUCAGCUGCCUAGUGGCCUAGAAUCAAUGUUUGUAGCUACCCUUCAUGAUCAAACCAAAUUCACCUCCCCAACAGCUCCGGCCAUUGCAGAAAUCCCAAUCUGCUCUACUUCAGGUGUUCCAAUGAUUUGAAAACAUGCUAGUUUUUUAUUGUUUUUAAAGAAUAUUGUUACAGAGACAGUUUUUACAGAAAAUGAAGGUUCCCAACAGCCCAAGUGUCUUGAGUCAGGACACAAUUCCAAGCGUGUUUAGCAAGCAGGCCUAUCUGUUUUUGGAAUCCUCUACUCCUGCAUUUGGACUAAGAAAUACAUUUUAAAAAUUCAGAAAUGUGUCCAAGAAUGAAGGUAGGGAUCUCUUCACCCCUGAGCUUCUUUAAAAAGGUCUGGAGUUGUCAUCAAGGCUAAAAAGGGCUUUUGGGGUUGCCAAACUGCAAGAAGGAACCAAAAGUCCCAGGAACUGGUAAGCUGGAAUUCUUCACACUCCAUCCUGCUUUUCUGGGGAUGCAGCAGAGACAAGAACACAGCAUGACAUGAUCCAAAUCAGCCGCUUCCCCCUCUCAGUUCUUUGCUUGGGAGCAUAACAAUUAGAUGUCCCCUGCUAAUCAUAGUCAUGAUAUGUCAAGGCAGAAGCCAGGGUUCCAAACAGCUUCAUCGUUGCAGCACUUCAGCAAGUCUGGAGGCUGUGAGAGGCUUUAUGGAAAUCCUAAAGCAACUGGGCAGCGUCAUCAGCUAUGUGAACAUGUUAGGCUAACUGCUUUAGGAAAUCAAGCAUUCUGUAACUCCACGUGCUAGUAAGGAAAUUGAAGUGUAUAACCUUUUUGGACAAGGUGGCUAAAGAUGAAGGAGACUUGCCUGGGAUGUACUUAUUCUGGUUUGAGCCACCUCCUAAGAUCCUGUCUGAUUCUUUUUGGGGGUCUGGGUUUUUUUAAAUUUAGGAUUUAUUUUCUCCUAGUCUGUCUCAGGAUGUAGGAUACAAAGAGGCACAGAUAAAGCAUAAUGGAAGCCUCUUGGUGGGGGGCGGGGGGGUUGCAAGGACUUUCAGUGGCUCCUUGUUUUAGCUCAAAAGAUUGCCCAUGCUGAUUUUCCUGUGUGGGAUAUUACCUGACUUCAAGUCAUCCCCAAGCAAGUGCAAUGAGAAGAUCCCCACUACAUAUUUCAUAGCAAGACUUUCCUCUUGAUCUGGAUUCAGGAGCCUUUGCUAGCCACUGCUGAUUUGUCUGUUUUCUGUAGGGAAGAAUGGGUAAUGCUGGGGAGAGUAUAACAGGAGUAGUACAUGUGGGGACAGAAGGAUGCUACACAUUAAGCCAUAGAAUGUAUUGCACAAGGCUGUGACUGGGUCCAAAAAGCUGUCGUUUCUAAAGAGCAGAGCUCUCUUUCACAGCCAUAUGAAUUCUGCCUUCUGCUGGUAGCUCCAGAGCUCUAGAGAAACAUGCAAGAAGUGUCAGAGCCUAAACUGAAUACUAAGCCAGCUGCAAGAGGCAAAUAUCUACCCAACUGACCAUGCCCUCGCUUUGAGAUGUCCAGUCCUUUUCUCUGACGUGUUGAUAUUAAGCAUAAGUCCUCUGAGAGAAGCAUGCAAUCCAAGAGGUAUGCCUGCAAGCCACAGAAGGAGGGAAAACAACCCUUAACGGAGAAUGAGGGGAAGCAAAAAGAACUGUGCUGGAAAGAGGAGCAGCAGGGUGAAUUUAUGAAUAGUGGGGAUAGAUGGCUGGAACAGUUUUGUGACUCUGUGGUAAAAUUCAGGUUUUUGUGGUAUCAGGCAGCUUCCCAAUCUGGAGUACCCUGCAGUAAACCUAUUUUCUAGAAUUCCCAGCAAAAUUACGACAGUUAAGAAUAGUGGCGAGGCAAAUAAAAUAUUUCUUUACUUAACGUUAACACGAUGAGGAAAUAUGUCAGUGGGUUGCUGACAAACCCCCCCCCCCCCAAAAAAAAACCCAAAUCUGUGACCUUGCACUGUAACAGUUUAGGCUACAUAUUUAUUUCUACUAGGAUGUUUAACUAUGCCGUUUGCUGUGAAGCUUUUAUCCUUUGCCUGCAGGUGAGAUAGUGGAAGACUAGAAGGGGAGAAGCCCUCUUUGCUUCCCCUUGGUUUAAUUGCUUCUGAAACAUUUUGCUUCUCUGGAGGAAAAAGCCAUGCUGCAGUGCAUUAAAGAUGGCCCAGACUGCAGUGGUAACAGAAAGCUGCAGGGAGGACUCUGCUUCUUCCUGAUCCUUUAUGUAUGGGAGGAAAGGAAAAAGAAUCACAGGCUGCCUGCUCACCAAGCCCAGCCAUCUCAUACUUGAUGGCAAACAGAUACACAGUGCAGCAUAGCUUCGCUGCUGUGCAGCCCUCCCCACACAAGCUUUUGCAAGCACAUGCAUCAGUAUCACCUCUUUUAUUUAUUUAUAGCCUGCUUUUCAGUCCUGAGGGGCUUCUAAAGUGGCUUGUGCCAUAAAAUUAGUUAAAACACAUCAGAUCACAUUUCUCAUUUAAUGUAUUGGAUACCUGAAGCUUCCUCAUACUAGACAAUUGAUUUAUCACAAUUGAUUUAUCACAGGACUAGCAACAGCUGUCCAAGGUCUUAGGUUGAGACUUUUCCCAUCUCUGCUACCUGUUUAACUGGAGAAGUCAGGAAUCUGGGAUCUUCUGCAUGCAAAACAUUUACCCUCUCAGUUCAUGGUACUGAUUUAUUAGUGCUACAUGAGUGGAGUUGUGAGAACAUAAGCCUCUGGGGUGUUUUGGUAUGCACAGGUAUGCCAGUAUGAAUUUGUAUGUGCACAUUAUCCACAAUUUGAAAACUGUUGUCUGUAUUAUAUGUUGUGCUAUGGAAGUAUUGUGUUUGAGUUGGACCAAUGCAGAACUGUCCUCUUGUAACUUUUCUAGGCAACAAAUAUUAUCUAUAUGAAAAAUUACUUUGAGUUAAUCCUUAACAUUUUAAAAUUUAUGUUCUCACUAAAUGAGGAUGUGGGAUUCUGUAAAGAUCCAUAUAUACCUGUGAGUAAGCCUUCUCCUGGAGUUUCUUAAUCCACUAAAGAGACCAAGACUAUUUCCUUAGAAUGCAGGACAGAGAACUUUGAGAUACUCUCAUGUAAUCCUUCUUGUGGCAAAGCUAUACAUGGAAAUAUCCUUCCCAGUGAGAGACAGGCAGCCUGUAACUUUAGGCCCUAGCAUACGUAACAUGAGCAGCUUGUGUUUCGUCAUUGACAAGGAGUCAGUGAAACAACCUUGGAAAAUUUUCUGCUGCAUGGUCUUACUGGAAUAUGCAGAAGAGCACCUGAUCAGCAUACAAGAGUGUUAUGGCCAAUGUCUUUGAACGGUACAAGGUGCCAUAUACUUCUAGAAUCAGAUUAAAGAUCACCUAAUCUUGACAGCAGAUAAGCAUCACAAAGAUAACAGCUGGAUCAGUUGUUUCUCAAGAAUUUAUUUAAAAGUAGCUCAAGAUUUGAUACAACUAAAACUCUAGCAGUCUCUUAACCAUAGUUAAAGGACUGGCUCAUGAGAUUACUAAUUCCCAUUUCUACAUCACCUUCUGUCUGAGAGGUCUAUUCACAUGUUACCAAGUCCAUGUGGUAGGCAUGUGGCUGCCAAAAGGACUCUGAAUCAACUGUAUUCUUGGAGUUCCAUACUCAGAAUUCAGUUCCCAGAUGUUCCAGAGUUUGAUUUGCGCUGGGACCAUGUCACACAUUGAGAAGGGGCUUAUUCCCACCCCCCACCCCCACUAUUUUUCCAACAUAAAAUGGCCCAGGGAGAUGCUAUUUAUCCUGUUGGGGAAACUUACCUGUGGCCAUCAGAACAUAAAAAUUUUCCAGGGAGCAAAUAACUCAUGGGGCUGUUUUAAGUCAGGGAACAGUGUGUGCAUGCACUGGGGGCAGGUGGGGAGAGGCAGUAGCAGUGUCAGGUAUGGCAUGUGCCCUGGGUACCAUUUCAAGAGGCAUACCAUGCUGCCUGCCCUCUGUAGCUGCGCCAUCUGUGGGCCUCCCCUUGCUCUGUCCGCCACCUGGACCCUCAGUGCCGCUCAGCCACUAGUACCACGCCCACUCAAAAGUCAAGCUUUGGGGAGAAGCUCCCAUUUUCCAGAGUCUUCAACAAGGUACUCAACUGGCCAGCAGGAGGACUUGUCAUAGGUUUUAUUUUCCACAGAUAGCUAUUUUCCUGGUGGGGGCUUAUGGAGGGUUGCCCAGCAUGGAACUCCAGGCACAUGUAUGUGUUUGCCCCAUGGACUUCGUAGCAUAUGACCAGGUCACACAUAUUCCUCCUCCUUUUCCCACCAUGGCUUGUUAUGCUUGUAACAUUAACUCUAUUAUUGAAGUACUCUAACUACUCAAGUUGUUCCUUGUAUUCUUUGCCACACUUAAACAACUCGCAAGAACUCUCUUCGCUCCUAUCCCACAGAUGGAUAUUGUGCCUCAUCAAUAAUUACUAAGAUGACCUUUUAUUCCAUCUAAACUUGUGCAGUCUGGGUGAAAGCCAUUUACACAACCUGUUGUAAACUGUAAACUGAUGUCCUGCUUUCCACAUAUUGUUAGAAAAACCAUCAAUCUUCUGGUAAACUACUUGGGUGCAUCUGCUAUCAGGGUACAAUAUAAUUAUAUGAUUGCUCUGAUACUCUAAAUGUGCUUUUGGAAUCAGAGUCCACGAGAAGCCCAGGGAAAACUCUCCUAGGAAGCAUUUUUAACACACAUAACCCACUUCAAGCAAAGUGAUGAGGCAGAAUAAUGUUUUAAAAUCUCAUAUGUUGCUGUAAGCAAUCCCACCUCAAGGUAUCCCACUGAUUGGAAUCCCCUGCUCUACAGUUCAAGUGAUGGCCACUAGUUUGGAGGACUUAAAAGUGAUUCAACAAAUUUAUGGAGGACAGGCUCAUUGGUGGUUGCUAUUACUUUAUUGGACCUUAAAGGGCAUUAACUCCGUUUAAGACUGCAUUGGUAGGAGAGGGAAACUGAACCCAAAACCCGGACAGGAUUUGGAAGCAGAUGGUUUUUUGGCAGAUUAUUGGAUAUAGUUCUAAAAAAGAAAAAUGUACAAGGAAGAGGCAAAGAGAAAAUGCUGUAUGUAUGUUAAAUGUCUUGUGUGUGUAUGUGUGCAAGGGAAAGACAGGCAUUUUGCUACAAAACAGCAGAACAAAGGAAGCUCCUCCAGCCCCUUAAGGGAAGCUUCACAGGUGAUUAUAGUCUAGGACAGCCUCAUCUCUCACUUGCCAUUCUGUGGUUUGCAGGUCCAGCAAAACAUUACUCUAUCCUGUAGGGGGAUGCAUAUGCGCUUAUUUAUAUCAGGCAGAGACGACAAUCCUAAGGAGCAUCUGGGCUGCAUUUCUCCGUCAGGUAGUCUGUAUUCUCCAGCAUAGAUGUAGGUGAAAAUAAAAUAUGUUUUAAACAACAUA